AUGAAUUAUUUCCCAGACGAGGUUAUAGAGCACGUUUUUGACUCUAUAGAUUCUCACAGAGACAGGAACUCGAUCUCUCUGGUUUGCAAAUCGUGGCACAAGAUCGAGAGAUGCAGCAGGAGAACAGUGUUUAUCGGAAACUGUUACGCGAUUAACCCGGAGAGAUUAAUCGGGAGGUUUCCAUGUCUCAGAUCAUUGACCUUGAAAGGGAAGCCUCAUUUCGCUGAUUUCAACUUGGUUCCUCACGAGUGGGGAGGUUUCGUGCACCCUUGGAUCGAUGCUUUGGCUAGGGCUCGUGUAGGGCUCGAGGAGCUGAGGUUGAAGCGGAUGGUUGUCUCUGAUGAAAGCCUUGAGCUGCUUUCACGUUCCUUUGUGAAUUUCAAGUCAUUGGUGCUUGUUAGCUGUGAUGGGUUUACUACUGAUGGCUUAGCCUCCAUUGCUGCUAAUUGCAGGCAUCUUCGUGAGCUGGACCUGCAAGAGAAUGAAAUCGAUGAUCACAGAGGUCAAUGGCUGAAUUGUUUUCCAGACACCUGCACUACUCUUACGUUGUUGAAUUUCGCUUGUCUUAAAGGAGAAACCAAUCUGGCUGCUCUAGAGAGGCUUGUAGCAAGGUCACCGAACCUUAAGAGCUUGAAGCUUAACCGUGCAGUACCGCUCGAUGCGCUCACGAGGUUAAUGAGUUGUGCGCCGCAGCUAGUGGACUUGGGAGUAGGGUCUUAUGAGAAUGAGCCAGAUCCAGAGUCUUUUGUGAAACUCAUGGCUGCCAUAAAGAAAUGCACCUCGUUAAGGAGCUUGUCUGGCUUUUUAGAGGUUGCUCCUCGUUGCCUUCCAGCGUUCUACCCGAUAUGCCAAAACCUUAUCUCCUUGAAUCUCAGUUAUGCAGCCGAGAUCCAAGGCAACCACCUCAUAAAGCUUAUUCAGCUUUGCAAGAGACUUCAACGGUUAUGGAUAUUGGAUAGUAUUGGUGACAAAGGACUUGAGGUCGUCGCUACCACAUGUAAAGAGUUACAAGAGCUGAGAGUUUUCCCCUCUGAUUUACAUGGCGAAGAAGACUACAACGCAGCUGUGACUGAGGUUGGACUAGUUGCAAUCUCUGCGGGUUGCCCUAAACUUCAUUCGAUUCUCUACUUCUGCAAACAAAUGACAAACGCAGCGCUCAUUACUGUGGCCCAAAACUGCCCAAACUUCAUCCGGUUCAGGCUAGCAAUCCUUGAGCCGAACAAACCCGACCACCUCACAUCUCAAUCAUUAGAUGAAGGCUUUGGUGCGAUCGUACAAGCCUGUAAAGGUCUAAAACGACUCUCUGUCUCUGGUCUCUUAACCGACAAAUUCUUCCUCUACAUUGGUAUGUACGGGGAAAAGCUCGAGAUGCUUUCGAUAGCUUUUGCAGGUGACACUGACAAAGGAAUGCUUUAUGUGUUGAAUGGAUGCAAAAAAAUGAGAAAGCUGGAGAUAAGAGACAGUCCAUUUGGGGACGCAGCGCUUCUUACUGACGUGGGUAAGUACAAAACAAUGCGAUCCCUUUGGAUGUCGUCUUGUGAAGUAACGCUCGGUGGUUGCAAGAGGCUCGCUCAGAAUGCGCCAUGGCUCAAUGUAGAGAUCAUAAAUGAGAAUGAGAAUAAUCGGAAUGGGGAAGACGAAAGAGAGAAGGUUGAUAAACUUUACCUCUAUCGAACAGUGGUCGGGACUAGAAAAGACGCACCGCCAUAUGUUAGGAUUCUUUAG